GACAAUUCAAAGGUUCUCGAGCUUGAUACUCGUGGUGUCGGAGCAACCACGAACCUUCUCCUCAGGCAGCCCUCCACGUGAAUACAUCUCAUGCCCCAUGACUGAAGCCUGGUCUCAGCAUCCCGGUCUGUCAGGCGACCAUCAUCAUCAUCAUUCAAAGUCUUUUGUAGCUCGAUCCCGACGCAUCGCAUAUCAUUAGACUCGUGCUGCUCGAGUCAAACUACGACCGCCCCCACGACUCAGAUAUCGGCCCCGCAGCCUUUCCAUAUAUCCUGCCCUGGCCCAACAUCGCUCUCGAGCUCAAUCAUCGUUGCCCUUUGGAGGAUGAUAUCUCUGUAACCUCGUGUAGAGAUGCCUCCAUCUGAAUCAAGCGGCCCUGGUCGGCAGCUUCGGACAUCAGUCCUUCCCUUCUUCGUCCUCCUCAUUACUGCUGUAACAUUUUUCUCUUAUAAUCUACUUUUCAUCGAAACUGGGGAAACAGAGUCACUGUGGACCUUUGACCAUGCUCGCCAAGACAGUGGAGACGAAUACCUCCUUGGCGUGGGCAAGGCCGACAUCACUGGGCCUUGUGUCGAGCUCAACUUCAUGGGCUAUGCAGACCCGAACCAGGUCGGGACCGGAUUGCGGCAGAGACUCUACUCGAGAGCAUUCAUCGUUGCUGAUCCAACUAACCCAAGUGACCGCUUCGUCUACCUGGUUCUGGAUACUCAGUCUGGGGAUACAGCGGUCCGCUAUGGCAUUUUAGAGGGCCUCAGGGAACUAGGGAGCAGCUACGCAGACUAUGGUCAUCACAAUCUCGCCGUCACAGGAACGCACUCCCACUCCGGACCAGGCGCCUGGCUAAAUUACCUACUUCCCCAAAUCACUAGCAAAGGAUUCGACCAACAAAGCUAUCGUGCGAUAGUGGAAGGCGCUCUCUUGUCGAUCAGGCGGGCGCACGAAUCUCUCGCGCCUGGGCACUUGACUGUUGGCACAACCAAGGUCUUUGGCGCCAAUAUCAACCGAAGUCUCUUUGCUUACUUGGCGAAUCCAGCACAGGAACGUGCCAAGUACAACAUCAGCUCAGAAGAUGACGGCUCUGUCGAAAAGGACCUGACAUUGCUCAAGUUCCAACGCUCCUCGGAUGGAAAGAAUAUUGGCGUCUUGACGUGGUUCCCUACCCACGGCACUUCUAUGUUGGGUAAUAACACGAUAGUCACUGGCGACAACAAAGGUGUGGCCGCGACUCUGUUUGAGAAGAGCCUCCACGGCGAUGCCUCUGCGGCAGACGGGUUUGUCGCCGGGUUUUCGCAAGCCAAUGUCGGCGAUACCAGUCCGAACGUACUUGGUGCCUGGUGCGAAGAUGGAUCAGGCAAGAUGUGCUCGUUUGAAAACAGCACUUGUAGCGACGGCCGAUCGCAGAAAUGUCACGCGAGAGGACCAUUCUUCACUGAGGAUGAUGAAGGCACCAGCUCCUGCUAUGAGAUAGGCAGGAGACAAUUCGAGCCGGCCAGGCGACUGUAUGACAACAUGAGUCACCACGGAUCGCCCGUCAGGGGAAAUUGGGUCAAGUCUUUCCACACAUUCCACAAUAUGUCCUACUUUGAAUUCAGCCUUCCGAAUGGCACGACAGUCAGUACUUGCCCAGCCGCUCUGGGCUACUCCUUUGCGGCAGGCACUUCGGAUGGGCCGGGCGCCUUUGACUUUACACAGCACGAUGGGAAUCCUAACAACACAUCACCAGUAUGGAAGGUCGUCUCGGGAGCCCUCAAGGAGCCGACCCAGGAGCAGAUCUCGUGUCACUACCCGAAACCCAUUCUUCUUGAUGUCGGGGAAGUAUUCAGUCCGUAUCAGUGGACACCAAAUGUCGUUGAUGUUCAGGUAUUUCGCGUUGGCCAGUUUGUCAUUAUUGUCAGCCCCGGAGAAGCGACCACUAUGGCAGGGCGACGCUGGAAAGAGGCUGUUGGUGCCGAGGCUACUCUCCUCCGGCAUGAUUCUCAUGCAAAGGAGCCUGUCGUGGUGAUUGGAGGUCCGGCGAAUAGCUACACCCACUACAUCACCACCGAGGAGGAGUACAGCAUCCAGCGCUACGAGGGUGCUAGCACACUAUACGGGCCGCACACGCUUGCGGCCUACAUCAACGUGACACUUUCAUAUGUCAGCAGCCUUGGAUCGUCGAGCCAUACCACGCCGCCGCCGCCGCGCGGGCCAGAACCACCAAACAAUAGCAACCGCAGCUUGAACUUUAUCUCGCCCGUGGUUCAGGACUCGGCACCGCUGUUCAAGAGUUUUGGAGAUGUGCUAGAGGAUGUCGAGCCGAGCUACAAGAGGGGGAGGAAGGUCACGGUCCGAUUCGUCGGUGCAAACCCGCGAAACAAUCUGCGUCUGGAAGAGAAUUACGCCGUCGUAGAAAUGCUUCACCUCGACUCUGAGCCAAGUACUUCUUCUGACAUGGAGGGAACGGAUGAGGACGAGCUGCGCCGCGGAAAAACACUGGCCAGGGCUGGAAGUCAUCAUGCCAGGACGGCUCACCAGGGAUGGGAUGUCGUUCGUGAUGAUAGCGACUGGCAUCUCGUCUUUCGAUGGACACGCACCAAUGGGCUGCUGGGUCACAGCGAGGUCGAGGUCACAUGGGAAACUGAGCCGUGGGUCGAGCCCGGGAGAUACCGAAUCAGAUACUUUGGAGAUGCAAAGGGCCUUUUUGGGGGGAUCACGGCGUUUGAGGGCGUGAGUGGGGAGUUUCUGAUUACACAGUAGACUGGAUACCCAGAUAGAGCACUUUCCGUCUCACAAUGUCUUCUUGCCGUUCCCCUUUCUGACUCUAGGGCGCUUUCCAUCGUGGAUGCGACUCAGCCCCCUCCUUUCUUGCUGUCUAGCUCCCCGCGCUGGGAGCUCAGAUCACAAUACCCUUCAUGCGACACGAAGUGUCCUUGGCGGACAUUUCGCGAUAAAAGCUUUUCUCAAAGCAAUUAUGUAAAGACUGGCAAUAUUGUGGAAAUGCUUCUCGGCCGCGACUAGAUGAAGGCGCGAGGGUAUGUCAUACAGAGAGAGAGAGCACUAAAUGCUAGCCUCGCAAGUGCCCAUCCUCUAAUACCAAUAAACGAGGAAAAGAGUAUUAUGGACGUCAUGUUCUUCUUCCGCGGAGAGGGUUUCUCACGAGAUGGAGGCUGUGUACACACACCCACACACGAACGGGGGAUCCUUGGGGCAGGACUACCAUUUC